GGCUAUCAGCCAAUCUACAGUUGGUUCCCAACAUACGGCGGAACCUCAUACACCAGUUGAGGCGGCUAGUCCGACCUCGUUCCCGUCGUCAGAGCAGCGCUCGACCAAUGUUCAAGGUUUCCUGACCCCCCGCCAGAUCCAUCCGGAUAUCAAUGCAUUAUUCGACAGUUAUGCCUCCGAACCUGAGUCCGGUUCUGGUCUGAAACCUCGUCGUGCACGCAAACGAUCCGAUGUCAUGGUCAGUAAGACACCCGAACGAACGUCGCCAAGCCGUUCGAGGUCAGGGACCCGCGAUGAUCUUCAUGAACUGCCGUCUCGUUUUUCAUUUACUGGAGGAAGACCAAGCUCAUCUAGAAGGUCUCACGAAGAAAACGUCCGUGGCUCAUCUCAUCGACUAUCUCUAUCAUGCUUGCCUCAGCACCUGUCAACGCCGGCGAAAUGGUCUACGUUCGGUCGUCCCAAAGGUGACGCAUCAAAGGCAGCUCGCUUUACACCUCCCCCAUCAGCAAGGCAUUCGCGCAUGGGAAGUAUGGACUCGACAGCCCAACAACGACCGGCCAGUCGUAGGACCCAGCGAAGUAGCAAACUGAGUUCUACGACUUCCGUGAAUAGACUCGGAAAUCCCUCGCUCGUCUCCUCCAUCGUUGCCCCAUCUCAUUCACCAUCAUCUACAGUCAGUAAAUCUUCGUCUGCAAGAUACAUCCAAGAACAACACGCGCCACAGUCACCUUCACCCCCUCUCACGAACUCCUCACGUCAAAACUCCACGAUCAAUUCGGUAGCACCUUCUUCUCCUUCCUCACGUUCAAACCAAGGAAACACAACUAGUUCCAACGAUGAAUUUCACUCAUUUAUAAUGGACUCCCCCGGAACGUUUGGCGAUGCGACACCUCCGCAAGGCGCUGACUAUCAUCCUCCUUCUGCGACGCCUCCAGCAUUACCUCCCUUUCGACAUCCGGACCUCAUCAGUUCUUUGUCGACACGCUCUGCAAUAUCUACUCUAGUUACCACAAGUAUUCAUGCAUUCCCUACAGGCCCACAACCUCAACUGAAUCCCGCCAUGCGGGGUCGGACGUACCCUCUUCGCCAAACAACUCGCGAACUUAUCCAUCGGGACGAGAAUACGCCUAUUUCCUACCCUGCCCGAUCACUGCGCGGUUCUGCCAGUCUUCCUCGUAUUCAAGAAAUAUUUCCUCAGGGUCGGAGACGAGAACGCGCAGCGUCUUCGCGGCGUCGGUCACAUUCAACUUCAAGCAGACGACGCGUUAGCGCCGAGCUCAUUUCACACCAAGCGGCUGUAGGUGUAACUUCAGAACAUCCACAUGAGUUUGGUUGGCCUGCUGAGGUUUCUCGAGAAAUAUUAAGACUUUCAUUGGGUGAAAUGUCCGGCCGCGGCUCCCAGAAUGGCACCGAGCGCCGCCGCUUACAGCGUGGGAUACACGUGCCUGCACCUGCAAGCAACAGCUUGCUGCCUUGUUCUCCACCCUCCAAUCUCCCUUCACCUCCUCAUCUUCUCUCUGGACCCUUCACGUCGCCCACCUCACCAGAGGAUCCCGAUUUUGGCGCGACUAUUCCUCGUGGCGGUAGCAGUCUGAUUACGCUUGGGAGUGAGGUGGAAGGUGAAGGUGAUACUGGGAUUAUGGCUGAACGCAAUCGUAGAUUAAGCUCGAGGGCUAGUGGCGAAUUGACUAUACGCGAGACGGCGACGAUCCCAAGAAGCUCGUCGGCAAAUCGUACCACACGCAAAAGCAUUCUUAAUAUCCCGACAAAUCACCCCCUGCAGGCAGAGGCAGGUCCCUCAACUCCAGAUCGUCCAACUGGUCUUCCUUUACCGCAUACACCGAAGACUCCACCUACGCGACCCAAACGUUCUUCGAGUGAACCAGGCUUGACGUCUGUUUUGGAAACACCGACCAAUAAUUCUAAAGGCAAGCGUAAAGCUGAAGAGGUCGACAUCACUCCUCCCGAUCAGAAGAACGGACACCGUGCUACUUUUGUCAUCCCAGAGAACGAUAGACGCAAUCAUCGCCAGUCCGAAUCUUCACUGGCACCUUCUAGAGCACCUUCAUCGUACCAAAGAAAGCGAGUCCGUCUUUCGACACCAUCUCCUGGUCCCAGUCCUGGUCACUCUCGUCCUGAUACAUCUCAAAAUGCGACUGAUACUGGUUCCUGGUCAAGUCGUACCAGUGGUCCACCACCGGCUUUAGGUCGCGCAGCUUCUCAUGCUGCAUCCAUUCGUUCUGCCCCACCUUCUACACUUUCCGCUGCCACCCAUCCUCAGACUCACUCCCAGACUCAAUCUCAAUCUCAACUCAAUGAACAUAGACGGCCUGAGAGACGCCGCAGCAUGUCUGAGAUGUCUAUUCCAAUCAGUGCCCUCAUAGCUCCCCAUGCACCAUCUGUUAGUCGGUCAAGCACAUAUCAUAUGCGUGAUCCUCGUCGUCCCCCACCCACGAGACCGACUUCGUGGACGCUGCACUUGAAAUCCGAAGACGAAGAUGCCUCGCCGUUUCAUGCGUGGUGCUUCUUCAUUGGGUUUGUUUUAUUUCCAAUAUGGUGGAUUGCCUCAUUCGCACCGAUACCACGGACCAGGCAAGUUGGAGGUACUGAUACUGAGAAAGCUGUCACUCUAGAUGACCCUCGGGUCGAACAUGAUGCUCGGUCAUGGCGGUUUCGCUGUAGAAUCAUGUCCGGCAUCUCCUUCCUAACCUAUAUACCCUUCAUUAUCCUCGUCGCCAUAUUCGUCCCAAGGUAAUCCGAAGCCUCGCUGCUUACUAGGACUUCCUCGCCUCACAUCACCGGCUGUACCUUGAGCUUCGCUUUACCGAUAGUAAUCCGCCCUCCCACUAUUGGACUAUCUCGAGGUCUACCUCGCACUGUUACAUAACCCACUCGCUCUCUUUCCAUCACGUUCAUUAGGACACUGACUCUCAUUCGUUCGAGUCACCAUUGUUUAUAUGUUGUAUAUUCGGGUCUCAGGACAUUGCUGAGAGGAUACCGUGUUCAUAGCUGUAAAAAGCAAAGUCACUCCCAGCGUUCCGUGCAUGUGUUAUGUAUUGGUAUUUCUUACUCAUAGGCUCUGCUCCUUACCUCUAAUCAUGUUGUUUGCAAUACGUCAUACGCGCAUUUCUGACCAUGGACGCGG